AUGUCCGACGACGACUGGGACGUUGACGAGCCAUCCACCGGGACCUCGACGCCUGCGCCGGUCGUUCCGCGCCCGUCACAGAACAAGUGGGCCGGCGAGGAUGAGGAGGAGGACGACUGGGAUGUCUCCGACAGCGAGAAGAAACCAGCGCCACCCAAGAAGAGCGCUGUGACCGCUGCACCGCCCAAGAAGAAGAUGACUCUCAAGCAGAAGCUCGCGGAGAAGGAGAAGCUUGCUGCGGAGAAGAAGGCGCGCGGCGGCGAGGACGACCUGAUCGACGAGCGGACGGAGCAGGACCGCCGCCGUGAGGCGCGCGAGAAGGAGCUCGAGGCCGACUUGGCCGUCGCGUCUGAUCUUAUGGGUGGCAUGGAGGUUUCGACGAGCGACGCGCUCAAGGCCGCUCUCUCCGCCAACCCGAAGACCAAGGCCGACUUCACCGAGCUUUCGACCAACAUUGUGACCGCACUUAUCAAGAAGCACGAGGACAAUGGGCUUUUCCCCGCGUUCGUUGAGCAGCUGGCCAAGGAGCUUUGCGGGAGUCUGUCAGCCGUGCAGACGCGAAAGGUCUCGAGUGCGCUCAGCGUGCUGGGCAACACGAAGCAGCAGGAGGAGCGUGACAAGGCGAGCGGGAAGAAGAAGGCCUCUACUAAGCCCAAGCUUGGCGCGACGAAGGUCCUUGCCAAGGUUGACCUGGACACGUAUGACGACGUCUUGGAGGACGACGACUUUAUGUAGUGUCGCUGGUUGUGUCGGUAGACCUGAUGUAGAGAGUGCGCUAAGGAGCUGCGAGGUAGCAUGGACUCUGAGUGGGCUGAGCGGGCUGAGCGGGCUGAGCAGGCUGAGCGGAUUGAGCGGUCAUGACCGGCCCCAGUGAGGCCAGUGAGGUGUGGAGAGCGCCUCACCCCAUGCCAUACCUACCCAUAGCGCCCUCGAAUUGCCACCCAACGACUCUGGCCUGUGACCCACGCCACAUAUGCGGCGAUAUCGAAACUCCAUUCGUCGUUCGCCCACAUUAGUGUACCCUUUAAGCUGUCGCAGCAGAGCCGAUAAUUAUCCUUUUGCUAG